UCGUCGCUCCCCGGUGCAGCCUCGACCGUUUCUCGCCGUCGCUUCCACCGUCUUUCUCUCUCUCUGCUCGUCGAUCCCGCAGCUCGCCCCCGGACGCCUUCGCCCGUGCGUUGUGCAUACGGAGCUGUUCUUGUUCUUGUUCUCGUCCUCUGCUCUGCGCUCUGUGCUCUGUACUCCUCCGCCCGUCUGUCUGCGCCGACUUCCUUCGGCCCCUCCUCAUCGUCCUCUUUGCUCUUCAUUCACUCUUUUCCUCCGCUUUCCCUCCUUCUUUCUGCUGUCUGAGCCGGGCUGCGCCGUGUGUGUCUGUGUGAUCACAUCCGCGCACGCGUCCCAGGUCAACGUCCUGGUGGACUCGGCUUCUGCACACGAUCCCUGCGUCGACGGCCGCGUUCCAGCUUCAGACGCAACACCACGUCCUCGUCUUUGCUUCUGCGAACUUCCCCAGCUCCACACCCGCGCACCGCCUUCCCGGUCCUUACCUCGCCCAUACUGUCGCUCUGUUAUAUCUCCUCUUUGGUGCUUGCCGCCAGAACCCGGCACACGACUUGCGCGCCCGCUUUUGAAUGGAUCGUGCAACCGUUCCGUCCUUACCCUUCAAGCUCGCCCACUAAGACGGGGAUUCCCAUCCUUCAACCUACCCAUCGUAUGGGCCUGUCACCCCGUCCAAACGUCGCCUCCAGCGGAGAACAGAAUCUUUGCCAGCACACGCCUUUCCGCUCUUUGAUCGUCCAGAGCGUGUGGUGUUCCAACCCACUGCCAACACUCGUUGGCCUUUGGUGAAAGCUUUUUUUCCCACCACCCACUCCUUUGCUGCACACACGCGACGAUAUCUGUGUGACCUCCACACCUCAUAUUACUAUGACAACUACUCUGCCGCGGCCGACGAGGCCAUCACUUGGCCCCCCGAACGCACCGCUACCCGCAUUGCCUGUUUCCAGAACACGAAAAGGCUCAAUAAGCACACCUACGACGCCUUCUGCAACGCGGCCCUCGUCGGGAGCAUCGCAGCUUGCGGCUCCUGCCGUGACUCCGCGGAGCGUUUCCUCCGGUCUCCCUACUCCCAAAUCGAGUGGCAUACCAAAAGGCAAGCCAGCCGGCUCUGCAACCAGUGCGCAGAACACUCCGGCCGGUUCCCAGGCGCCGUCCCCUCUUCCCAAUGUCUCGCGACCGCUGCGGAAGACCAUCAGCGUCGGUGCGUUUCCGCAGCCGCCCAAAGUAGCAAGACCUUCGUCCAGCGGCAGCAUGUCCGCCUCCACGACGCCCAAGUCGAAACAUAGACUUUCAGAAGGUGGCAAGGGUCUCUCUGCGAAAGAUGGGGUUAAGAAAGCGCGCCAACCAAGCCGCGUCAGCUCGCUGCGCUCCUAUUCGAAUGGCACAAGUCUCCUCAACGGGGGGCAGUCCGUCUCGCUUCUCGAUCUCCCCUCUCUACCCGCCAGCCGGGCUUCAUCCGCACAAGACUCACACGAGGAUGCGGAAGGAGAGGAGUCGCGGGGACGCGCAUCAGACGAUGACGAAAAGCAUAGCAAGGAGGGCAAAGGCAACGUCAUUGUCAGCGUGAGAGUGCGCCCUGACAUAUCAACGGGCGAGAAAGAGAGAGACAGCGAUUUGGAGUGGAUGGUAGACGGAAGAAGGUCGCUGAUUGCCUACCGAGGGCGCGAAGGCGGCGAAUAUUCUUACGACAACGUCUUCGGCGUGAACGACAAGAACGGACGAGUAUACGACUGCUGCGCCAAACGUUUGGUGCGGAGGGUGAUGGAAGGUUAUCACGCAACGGUUUUCGCGUACGGAAUGACGGGCACGGGAAAGACCUUUUCCAUGCAAGGAACGGCCUCGUCGCCUGGCAUCAUUCCACUUGCGAUUACAGACAUUUUUUCGUUCAUUCGCGAAACGCCAGAGCGCGAAUUUCUCCUCCGCGUAAGCUACCUUGAAAUCUACAACGAGAAGAUCUACGAUCUCCUCGCGGGACCUGGAAUGGGCUCGGAGGACAUCAAGCUGCGAGAGGACAGCAAGCGUGGCGUCUACGCCACCCCACUGAAGGAGGAGAUUGUCCAGUCCCCAACACAGUUGCUACGCGUCAUCGCAAAAGGCGAUCAGGCGAGACGUGUCGCCGGAACGCAGUUCAACGCACGGAGCUCACGAAGUCAUGCUGUCGUCCAAAUCGUCGUAGAAAGCCGUGAGCGAGCGUCUACAGGCAUCGCCGAAAACAAACGCCAAGCACUGGUUCCUGGCGGUGUCCGGGUCUCGACGUUGAGCUUGAUCGAUUUGGCUGGUUCAGAACGUGCAGCUGAUGACAAGGACCGGCAGAAGGAGGGUGCUCACAUCAACAAGAGCUUGUUGACGUUGGGCACCGUCAUCUCAAAGCUGUCUGGCGACAAAGAUAAGAAAGGGGAAGGGUCAGCCAAGGACUCAAAACACCUGCCGUACCGAGACAGCAAGCUCACCCGACUCCUUCAAGUGGCCCUAUCAGGUGGAAGCUUGAUCAGCAUUCUUUGCACCAUUCAGAUUGGUUCUGCUGGCAGCGCUGCAAGUGCGCAACAUCACACCACGGAGACGCUGAACACGUUGAAGUUUGCCUCACGUGCAAAGAACAACAUAGUCAGCCACGCCAAGAAGGCAGAAGAGGCUUUUGCUGGCGAUGCAAACAGUCGUGCCCUACUUGACCGUUAUCGACUCGAGAUAGCAGAAUUGAAGAAGCAGUUGGAGGCCCAGAGUAAGAACAAAGAAAAGAUUGACAAGGGCGAAGACGAGAUUGACGUGGAGGCGGAAAAGGCUCGUGAGCUUGCAGAGAAAGAGAGACACGAGGAGCAGAUGCUAGAGAUGCAACUGGCACGAACGGCGCUUAAGGAGCGUAUAGAACACCUGAAUCGACUUAUCCUUAGCUCCAAGUCGAUAGGUGUGAAUCAUCCGCGUUCGAUAUCGCAAAUGAGUGCUGGAAGGAAUUCAGUUGCCACACUCGGCGAUCGUUCCGCUCGUUCAUCGGCUGCUGGCCUCGAUAUGCCAAAUCUGACAAGAAACAGCUCGAUGGGUUCAAUGCGUUCUUUCAGGCAAUCCAACGCCGGCGCUACCAUCAUCAACGAACAAGAUGUUGAAGAUGAAGAAGAUUCCUUGGGCGAGAAUGGCGACGGUCAGGCAAGCGCCGCAGUCCAGAUACGUGCCCUGCAAGCCGACCUUGCCGAUAAGAAUCGAUACAUUGCUACAUUGGAGAAGCGACUGCUCCAAGCGCGCCGAUCGAGCCACUCGCGAGUGAGCAUGACCUUCGCGCAGCGGGCGGCUCUCGGAGAGGAUGGUGGAUUCGAACAGAUGCUGCGAGAAAAGGAUUCCGAGAUUGCGGAGUUGAGAGCACGACUCGACGACAAGGAACGUAUGAUUUCGGCACUUCGCUCAGCUGCACGCAAGCGCGAUAUCGCGGAUCUGACGGCGGACACGCCAUUGACAUCGCCUUCGGACAGACGAAGCAACUCAAGCAGCAACAGCCUGCCGGUUGGAGCCUCGGCUGCACGAGUCACGGGCUUAAGCCCACGAGUGUCGAUGGGCUCCCCAGCUGUGGAAAGCAAAAAGGAGAAGAAGCGUAAGAGCGUAGACGAGAUGACCCGGCUUCUGGACGAAAUGAUCACCGAGCGAGUACACAAUGGAGAAAGAAUAGACAGUGGUUUUUCAGUGAACGGCGCCCCCAAACCGAUGGGCACUCUACGACGUACGAGCGUCAGGAUUAGCGAGCCACUACCAAGCGUCUCAUAGUCAGCUACACAGAAACGUGAAAAGAGGUCCACGUGGACCGUAGACCACCAAAGAGCAUCUUUUUUUUUUUUAACUCGGGACCGCGUCGACGCAAGAGCGAUUUUAAUAAAAUCUUUUUCAUCCUCGUUCGUCAGGGGUUUGGAUGCAAGAAAAAAACACCAAUUAUCCUUUUACAUUCCGGGCUGGCGAAAUCAUUGGAGUGUGGCAUUGUUUUUUUUUAAUGGUCCAAAACGCUCCUUCCACUUGUACUAUAAAGCUAACACCCUCUUCUUCUUUCUCCCUGUUUUAGUGUGUCAGCGUGGGACAAACCCGCGUGGCUUUAUUUUGAUACCCGGUUCUUUUUGGCAUUAAAGACGACGACUUCCGUGGUUCAGAUGACGCUCGGGUGGGAGCGUGGAGAUUAAUGACGUAUGGAUAUUUUGGACGGCUGUUACAGCAGAAUGCGAUGAGUAGGAAGCAAUACCUCACAGUAGCUGAAAUCUAGUACUAUC